AUGGUGAAGCUGGGCGGCCCUUUCGGCGAGAAGCGCGGCAAGCCGGCCCCGGCGGAGGACGGCUUCGAUACCAUCCCUCUGAUCACCCCGCUGGACGUCGGGCAGCUCCAGUUCCCGCCGCCGGACAAGGUGGUGGUGAAGACAAAAACGGAAUAUGAACCCGAUCGAAAGAAAGGGAAAUUUCGUUCUCCCCGAAUUGCAGAAUUCACAGUCAGUAUCACUCAAGGCAUCUCAGAACGUUUCAAGGCGACCGCCCUGAUCCUGUUUGCCCUUGCGUUCCUUACCUGCGUUGGGUUUCUGGUGGUCUACAAGGUGUAUAAGUACGACCAAGCCUGCCCAGAAGGUUUCGUCUUCAAGAACAAUCAAUGCAUUCCGGCUGGAUUAGAGAGCUACUAUUCCGAACAAGACUCUAGCGCUCGAGGAAAGUUCUACACGGUGAUCAACCACUACAACCUGGCCAAGCAGACCAUCACCCGAUCAGUUUCUCCAUGGAUGACGGUGCUUUCGGAAGAGAAACUUUCUGAGCAGGAAACUGAGGCAGCUGAGAAACCUGUUUAGGAGGAAGUCUGAUGGCGAAGGGUCCGAAGGUGGUUUUCAUGGAAUGUCUCAUUGUUAGGAUCACUUAGAGGUUGCUCAUAAUUUAUGGUGUAAUUGCUUUGGUUGCUGCCAACUGCUUUGCAAAACGGAGCAACGAAAAAGAAAGUAGGGCGUUAAUGGUCCAGGGCACAUCAGCAUUGCUUUAGAGCUCUAACACCAAUUUCUCUUUCAGUGGCAUCAAACUUAGGCACAUUCUUGUAAUUUAGACAUCUGACAGAGUCAUUCAGGCAGGGCUUGUUGGCGUGGGAUAACGUGCUUCUUACUGUGUGUCCUUGUGUUUUGUUUCCCUUUAAAUCGGCUCUGAAAUCCAAACAUUCAUGGGUAUGGCUUGCAGUUCCAAAAUGAAAACCAAGAAAUAAAACCGGCCUUAUUUUGCUCACUACAUCCAUUACCUUUAGGCUUAAUUGCUUCUGUUAUAGCAUGCACUUCACUGUUUCCACUACAUGAAAGAAUCUUGUGCAAACAAAAUAGAAAUUAGACAUUCAAGAGCUAUACAGUUUUAAUGACAGAUUAGGAGUUUUAAUUAAAGGGCAAGAAUAUAAAGGACAAAAUAUUCUGAGGGAUAGUGGUGACUUAAGGAGAUAAACAAGACCGAAACUCUUUAGCCCACCAUACAAUCUGUGUAACUAGAAAGGACAUAUUUCAUUAUAACGGCCUCUUUUAGAAACCUUAACAUUGUAAAAUACCCUUUGCUGGCAGCAUUCUUUGGCCUUUCCUAUUCCUGCUGGGAAGAGACAUCGAUUCCCUUGAGCUCAGUGGGAUUUUGACGUCAGCCAUCUGGGGAAUAAAGUGCCUCCAAUGAUGGCAACAUCCAGAUGAUUCCGAAGUUGAAAAGGCAUGGUGGGGAGGGAGGGAGGGCAAGGCUACUUUCUGGACAUAAGCUAAGCACUCACAAGGCCAGGUACACACUCACUAUGUUUGACAGACUCCUGCAUUAUGAAAAGUAUGAUGUUCAAGUGCUCCUCCACAGUCACUAUCGGUUCCUUCCCAGGGAGUUUGGCAAGGCCGCUUCAACCCCUGCAGCAUAAGCAGCCAAGGGCGGCAAUCCACUGGGUCGACGGGCGUAAAUCUGACCAGCUUCUCCACCGCUAAGCUCUAGGGAUAGGACAGCGGCGCAUUUUAAUCUGUGAAUCUUUCCUAGGAUGGGAGAUGGUUGAAAAAACACUGCACUGCAUUAGGAAGACCCUCCGUCAAACUCUGGCGUUGACUUGUCUGCUGUUCUCAAUUGCAGGUUGUAGCUUACAACUGCUGUCAUUUUUGUUCUUCUGAAUGUAUUAUUUCCCAGUGGAAUGUCAAAAGUUUCAUUAAUUUUACCGAAACACACUUUAAAAUCAACAUGUCUUUUUUUUUCUAACCUUCUACUAAGACAAACAUGGUUCUAGGUUAUAUUUCCUUCCAGAACUUUUUUUUUGCACCAAUCUAUUUGGAAAAUGCCAUCUACGGUUUUGUUGGAAAUUUUAAUAUUAAAUAUAGUUACAUAUUGUACAAUUUUUGGUAUGUAAUCGCUGUUGUGUGGAAUACAUAAAAAGCAAUAACUUAUGUGCCAAAUCUUUCAUUUGCAUCAAGGAGUUCUCUCUUGUACACACAACACCAUGUUUGUAUUCCCUAGUAGUCAGUACUUUUACCGAAUUCACAUGUAACUUUUGACAUUUUCACUCUGUGUAAAAUAAAAUAGUAUGCUCAAGUCUCAAACUCCGUAUGUUUAAAUAGAUGUUUGCAGCGGUGAAGAGGAAAAGAAAUGAAGGAUUCCAAUCACACUACUUGCAAUAAAAACCUCUUCUAAAACA